UUUGACGUUUUAAAAUAGUUUUACCCUUUUGCUGGAUUUGUGUUUUUCAAUUAAAUAACAAAUUGUAUAACCAAAAAUGUCUUUGAGGAUCGGUGGUGCUCUAAAGGAGCUCAGAAUCCAUCUGUGCCAGACUAGUAAGAACGCUGAAGGUGUGAGGAAUUUUUUGAUCAAAAACUACGUGAACAUUAAGAAGGCCAACCCAGACUUUCCCAUACUGAUUCGCGAGUGCAAGGGCAUUCAACCGCGCGUUUGGGCUCGCUAUGAAAAAGGAGAGGAGCGCACCGCAUCUCUAACCGACCAGUCUGCAACUGAUGUUAUGAACACCCUCAGUAAACUUUUAAAGUGAAUUUAGUUAUUAGAUGUUAUUAUUAUGUACAGCUUAUAGACAUUAAAUUUUUGUUUUAAUUU